AUGCCGAUCCUCGGAGAACCUUAUCUCUGUGACCUUCUAACCACGUAUAUAUGCAGAGUAGAAAUUACUGCCAGAACUACACCUGUUCUGGCCAAAUCACCUGCAAUGUUCAAGGAAGUAGCUGUUAUCUUGGGUUUGUGCAUGGUUCUGGUCUCUGCAAGGACGAGUUGCACUAGAGAUGACCAAUGUGGAAGCGGGGAGUGCUGUUACUACCACGAGGGGCCAAUGAUCAUGAGCCGUAAAAGGCAGCAGCAUGCCCAGUUAUCUCUGCCACAAGAUUUGACGUUGAUGCACCAGGGAGGCUACUGUGAGGUCUACAAACGUGUGAAUGAAUCCUGUAGCGUCUUUGGCAAGAUAAACGGCCAUUGUGAAUGCGGUCCUGGACUGACAUGUAAGUUUGUGUCGUCUGGACCGUCUUUAUUGGGACCUGACACCAUUGUCGCCAGCAAGAGAAGCAUGGUAUUCCAAGGACCUGGUAGUUAUUUGUGUGUAGCGCACUGAAUAAACACCUGAUUUGUAAA